CUGGGAUUUAUUUCAGUUUUGUUUACCGGCGAAAGCAAAAAUUUUCCAUUUCCCUGCUAGCGUAAUUAGUUUUGCUACACAUUUUCACGGGUUGGUUGUAGGGAACAUAUUCUAACACGUUUGGCUGACAACUGCCGCUAAUUAAUUAAAUUAAGUAGACCUGAUUUUCUCAGUGAUAUCUAAUUUUCGCGAAAUAUUGUGAAAGUUUGUUUUGUUCCAAAACGGCCUGUUUUCGCAUUUCAUAUUUUUUAUUGAGACGUGUCGCUUCGCAGAAUUUCGCUUAUCUGCCUGUGGAAAAUUCUGGCGUAUUGAAAUUUAUACACACCAACGCUUGGAAAAGUACUAAUAUAAAAAAAAUGGGUGACUGCGUUGUUAAUUUGGACAAAUGCUUUGAAGUUGUGUCACAGUUGGUGGACAAAGCUGGAGCGUUGGUGGCGAAACGUAAUGAAACACGUCAGGAGUUCGAAGAAAAAGCGAAUGAUAUUGAUUUGGUCACAGCCACCGAUAAAGAGGUGGAACAGAUGCUCAUUAAAGGACUGCUAGAGUCUUUUCCCGACCACAAGUUCAUUGGAGAGGAAGAGAGCGCCGCAGGCGGGGCACCAAAUAAAUUAACAGAUGCACCCACGUGGAUUAUUGAUCCGGUCGAUGGCACCAUGAAUUUUGUGCAUUCCUUCCCGCACUCAUGCAUUUCAAUUGGCUUGAAGGUGAAUAAGGUCACCGAAAUUGGCAUUGUUUACAAUCCAUUGGUGCAACAGCGUUUCACUGCGCGACGCGGACAAGGUGCAUUUCUAAAUGGACAACGCAUACAUGUGAGUGGGCAGAAGGAGUUGAGCAAAUCUUUGAUUACCACCGAAUUCGGUACAGCGCGUGAUACUGAAAAGCUGAAGGUCAUUUUCGAAAACUUCCAGAAAAUUGUGCCUAAGGUGCAUGGUAUUCGCAUGCUGGGCGCUGCAGCGCUAAAUCUAUCCAUGGUUGCUCUUGGCGCGGCUGAUGUUAAUUUCGAAUUUGGCGUUCAUGCUUGGGAUGUAUGUGCUGGCGAGCUACUAGUGCUUGAGGCAGGCGGUGUUGUCAUUGACCCCACAGGUGACAAAUUCGAUAUUAUGUCACGACGUGUAUUGGCGGCUUCUAGUGAGGAACUGGCACAUGAAUUUGCUAAACAAUUGACGCAAUUCUAUCCACAACCACGAGAUGAUUAAGUUCGGACUAGAAUGAAGAACAUUUUAGGAUUGCGAAAGCAAAUGUGAGAUGCAUGCAUACCAAAGAUGAUGAUGGUGACAAAAAUUAGUAAAAAUUAUUUGAAAAAUAUAUAACAGCAAAUUAAUUAAUAUCUUGUGAAAACUGCGUGUAAUAUUUGUGCAAAUAUUAAUUCUAAAAAAAUAUAUAUAAUGUGUGUGUGUGACUAAUAAAAUUUUAUUAUCUGUUGUAGUUAACAACCAUUGUCAAUUAGGUAUAAGUAUGUGAUAAGUAUGUAUAUAUGUAUGUACUAUACACCUGUGUUCACAAUGAUAGCGGCGCGUCAUAUUGCAAAGUUUGGAUGAUCUAUUUAUUUUCUAUUAAAUUUGUUUAAAUUUUUAAGUUCAUACGUCAACAAAAACCUUAUAAAUUAAAGUUUUAAACUAGGUACACAAUUUUAAAAAAUCCACAAGUUUUCAAUAAAAUUCCAAUAAACUUUUCACUAAGAAUUUUUAGAAAUUCUGGGUAUGCAAUUUCAUAGCUCAUAUAGCUCGGAAUUCACAGAGAGAACGUAGGUUCGAAUCUCGGUGAAACACCAAAAUUAAGAAAAACAUUUUUCUAAUAGCGGUCGCUCCUCGGCAGGCAAUGGCAAACCUUCGAGUGUAUUUCUGCCAUGAAAAAGCUCCUUAUAAAAGUAUCUGCCGUUCGGCAGAACUUGCACUUUAUCAGACCAAAAUUAAAUGGGUCUGCAUACAUUUUUCUAAGAAUUCUGAUUAAAAGAUUUGAAGUUAUGACAAAAAUAUUUUUAUUUUCUUCAAAACCAAAAAUGGUUUUGUUAAUUUCCCCUAACGGUUUAGUAUUUAUAGCGCUGCGAGACGCAAACAUCACAGGUGGUGGCAGUAGACCAACAACAAUAUUUUGUACGUUUGAAAACAAACAAAGAAAAGGAUUGGCAGAGUAGAAAACAAAGAAUGAAUUUCUCGUUGCCUUGUUUCACUCUGGGCUGACAGCCACAUGGACACGACAGAAGAAAAAAAGAGCUGAUUUACAGAUACCACCAUUAAUAGAUUCGCAUUGGAAUGCUAUCUAGAAAACAUAGACUUGAGCUGCUAUAGUGUACGACCGCAGACAUAAAGAAAUUUUUCGAAUAUUCUGGUCGUUCAAAAAUUAAUCCAACUAAUCUAACCGCACACACAGGCUAAAUCAGUGCUUUAUUUUCUAAUACUUUCUGAGUUAGCUCUAAACAUAGAAACUUGGAGGUUGUUACUCACGAUUGCACCAGCGAUAUUAAUUUUCAUCGUCUAUUUUUACAAUGUUUUGUUUUGUUUAUUUAUUUUAAUAAUCAAAUAUUUUAAUAAACGAAACAAAUUAUUAUUGAUUUAGACCAAAAUAAAAGAAGAGAAGGCCAAAUUUGGCUACUCUAAUAUUAGCAAUUAGGCGGCCGCCGUCGCCGGAUGGGUUGGCGCGUGACUACCAUUCGGAAUCCAGAGAGAACGUAGAUUCGAAUGCCCAGACAAAAAUUUUAUUUCUUAACAAUGGAUCUAAAAGUAAAAUAAUGAAAACAAAAAUAUUUUUUUUUGUUUCUGUUUUACACGUUUUUAAAGAAAUACCCAAGAAACACUAUUUAAACUGAGGCGGGGUCCUUGAAGCUUCCGAGCAUUAAAUAAGUUCGUAAUAGAUGAAAAAUUGUUUGUUGUCUCUAUUUUUAUGCACGAAACUCUAUUUUGUACUGUAGAUAUAUUUGGAGGAAUGUUAUUCAAAAUAGGUGAAAAGGCUCUCAACUUAUAAUAUAAAUAUAAGUCGGGAAUCUAAAAACAAACGGCGCUCUCUAUUUUCUAACCUACGUGAAAUUUAGGGUAACCAGAAACACGUAAUGCUGUUGUAUUAGGUUGGUCUAAAUGAUGGAAAAUUAUGUCUAAGGCUUGGUUAACAGAGCUCUAAGUAGUUUGUGCAUAUAAGGAAAUGUAAAAUCGUCUUUAACCAGCAAACUUGGGCUUAUUUUUUUGUGUUAUAUUUUUUUUUUGUUUUUGUUAUUCAAGCAAAAAAUGUUGAACAAAAAAAAGAGGUUGUCUGUAAAGUCGGUUCACUGACGAUAGUUUAACGUGACAACGUCAUAAGAAAAUAUUGAUGGAAUGGUUGCAAUUUUCAAAACAAAAUUUUAAUUUUAUUUGUUUGAUAGAUAUUUUGUAUGGAUAUAGAGGAGGGGGUAAAUGGAAUUGCAAUGGAAUAGGUCAAGUUACAUUUACACAAACGUGAAAAAUGACGAAACAUUUAUCAAAUUCAUGAAAGAUAUGUUCAAUUUCGAUUGUGCUUCAGACGUUAAUAAGUCAACAACACUAAGAGGCACCAGCAUCGAUUUGACUUUUUCAAGACACUUUACACACGAAACAACACUUAUACUUUUCCUAUCAUCGUCCUAUUCUCAACAGAGAAAUGGUUCAUUACCACGCACAUAGGAAGAAGGCAUAUGCAAAUACAAAUAUGUGAAUUUAUAUAUGUAUGUACAUAUGCGCAUAUACAUACAUAUAUAUGCUCACUCAAGUAGGUGUGCAGAUGUCGAACGUUGCCGAAUGCGGGGGCCGUGCUCUUUGUCGUUCGUUCCGCGCUUUCGCUUGCAGUUCAAGCAAGGUAACGGCGAUUGAGCAAGGUAACGACGAAUGAGCAAGAUAACGACGAAUGAGCAAGAUAACGACACAGUUUUUCGUGCGUGCAGCCGGCUAAAUCGAAUAUAAGACGUUAUCACGUCAAUAUCAAUGAAUUAUCCCAAAUUAUUGUAGUCGUUUUUUAGGUAGGACAGAUUUUUUAAGAUUUUUUUUUAUUUUUAUUUUUUUAGUUCUGUAUAUGCAAUCCGCUAAGGUAAUAUAAACUUGCUGUUUAAGGGGUUAUACGCAGUUAUGAAGCAAAUAAAAGACGGGUUGUCAAGGAUUUAUCCUGAAGAAACUUCAGAAUAUUUUAAUUUGAAAAUUUUUGGCGGUUAUAAAAGCAUCCUUCAAGAACGUAACGUAAAAUUUUUUAUUUAUGAAAAUGUUGAUUAUAGAGCGCGCUGCCGGCGAUUUCUGGAACCUCCUUUAAAAAAAGACGAUUUACGGUGUACAUCGUAACUCAGGACUGGAUUAUCUGAAAUCAAAAAACCAAACAAAUUUUGUUAAUAUAUUAGAUUAUCUAGUAAUUAAUCGUUCGGCUAAUCAAAAUAGUGAAUUUUAACAAAAUGGCAGCUUUUAAAAGAAAUGAUUUCGAUUUUUACGUUAAAAUUUGGCCGUAAAUUGAUUAUAAAAUGGAAAAUAAGUAUCAGAUUUACAAAAGGAACGAUUAAUUACUAGAAAAUGUAUCUUUAAAAAUUGAGUUAAAACGGUUGACCGAUCAAACAAGCCGUUUUCGAGAUAUCGUGUACAGCGUCUAGAAAAAUGCCGUUUUGAAAAAAACACGUUUAAAGUUUCAAUACCGGUUGACACAUCUCCGAGGCAUCUCUACAUAUUUAGGUAUAACUCCGAAAGUAUUGCUUAGAUCUACUUCAAAUUUCGUGCGUAUACUUUUGAAUAUAUGUACAUUACAAAAAUGCAAUAAAAAAAAUCGAUUUUUUUGAAAGUCAUAACUGCGUAUAACCCCUUAAAGAGAGAGAGGAGAGAGUCAGUUGCCGUUAAACUAAAUUGAAACGCCUAAUUUAGGUAGGCUUAGCCUUAAACUCAGUUAAAAAAAAAAUCUCCUCAGUUAAACUAGCACUAAAAAACAUAACCUAAAAGCGUUCAAAUGCCAUUGGCAAAUUCUAUAAUAAUCAAGAAAGUCUAUGUAUUGUAAAUAAAUGCCAGCAAUAAAACACUAAUUGAAAUUUUUACUUGUCCAUGUGUUUAUAUUUCAUACUCUUCCAUCAUUCAAUAUCAUCAUGUUUUUUGCAUGUUUGUAUGUACGUACACCGUUUUAUGUAUGUAUAGAUUUGACUAAAUUAAUUUAUUUAGAAAUAAACGUUCCGAGUAUCGUUAAAUAAUUUUCUCUUUUUAUUUUAGUUUUCAUUUAGUAUAAGUGCAUUUUGUUAUCAGGGGAGUUGCCCCUACAUAUGUACAUACAUACACAUUAUUAAGUAUUGCUGCAGUAUUUUGUUCUAGCCGUAUUCUGUAUUUGACUUUCUUGGACUACGAAUUUGCUCAUAUUUGUAAAUGUAAAUAUGUACUUAUGUAUUGUGUAACGCUUAGUUAUAUGUAUUAACGUAACGUUUUUGUUAUCUAUCUUUAAGUAGCUGAAAGAGUAAAUGGAACUACUUUAAGAUUAAAUAAA